CUUCAUCUUCCCCAUCACUCUCUGAAAGAGAAUAAGAGAGAGAAAGAAAAAAAGAAUCCAUUAAUUCUUAAGAGAGAGAGAGAGACUGAGAACGAAGAGCACAAGAGAGAAGUUUCCGCUUUCGUUCUCUUUCUCUCUCCUCCAUUUCAGUAAUAAACUUCUUUUAAUUUUCUGGGUUUCUUCUUCUCCCUCAUCAUCAUUUUUAGUUAUUUCUAAUUUCUUCCUUCUUUUUUGUUUUCCUGUGACUUAGUUCUCGAUCCACUCAUACUUUUUUCCGUGAAAAGUCUCGACCUUUAUUCGCUUUCAUUCUCUGGUUUCACUGUGUGUUUUAUUUUUGAUGAACUUCGGUAGUCUCUUCGACAAUACGACCGGUGGUGCAUCCACCGGAGCUAGAAUCCUCUCCGGUUUAACUUAUGGCAAUCACACCACCACAUCCACCGUAAUACCCGGCGGUGCUAUGGCUCAAGCGGCGGCGGCGGCGAGCCUCUUUUCUCCUCCUAUUACUAAAUCUGUUUACGCCUCCUCAGGCCUCUCUCUAGCUCUCGAGCAACCGGAGAGAGGAAUAAACCGUGGAGAAGCGUCGAUGAGGAACAAUAACGGAGGAGGCGAUAAUUUCGAUGGAAGUGCGAACAGAAGAAGUCGAGAAGAGGAGCAUGAGAGCAGAUCUGGAAGUGAUAACGUCGAAGGAAUCUCCGGCGAAGAUCAAGACGCCGACGAUAAACCUCCGAGGAAAAAACGUUACCACCGACACACUCCUCAACAAAUCCAAGAGCUCGAAUCUAUGUUCAAAGAGUGUCCGCAUCCAGACGAGAAACAAAGAUUGGAACUAAGUAAGAGGCUUUGCUUGGAGACAAGACAAGUCAAGUUCUGGUUCCAGAAUCGUCGGACUCAGAUGAAGACUCAAUUAGAGCGGCACGAGAACGCGUUACUGAGACAAGAGAACGAUAAGCUAAGAGCUGAGAACAUGUCGAUUCGCGAAGCAAUGAGGAAUCCAAUCUGCACCAAUUGUGGUGGACCCGCCAUGCUCGGCGAUGUCUCUCUCGAAGAACACCAUCUUCGUAUCGAAAACGCUCGUUUAAAAGACGAGCUCGAUCGCGUCUGUAACCUCACCGGUAAAUUCCUCGGCCACCACCAACACCACAACUCCUCCCUCGAGCUCGCCGUCGGCACCAACAAUGGCGGAGAUUUCGCUUUCCCUCCUGAUUUCGGUGGUGGUGGCGGUUGCUUACCGCAGACGCAGCAACAACAGCCGACGGGGAUCAAUGGGAUCGACCAGAGAUCAGUUCUGCUGGAGCUUGCUCUAACGGCCAUGGAUGAGCUUGUGAAGCUCGCUCACAGUGAAGAACCGUUAUGGGUUAAAAGCUUAGACGGAGAGAGAGAUGAGCUUAACGAAGAAGAGUACAUGAGAACAUUUUCGUCCACUAAACCAACCGGUUUAGUUACCGAGGCUUCUAAAAUCUCCGGUAUGGUCAUCAUCAAUAGCUUAGCUCUCGUCGAGACCUUAAUGGACUCCAAUCGAUGGACGGAGAUGUUUCCGUGUAACGUUGCAAGAGCCGCAACCACCGACGUUAUCUCCGGCGGAAUGGCCGGAACAAGAAACGGUGCACUUCAAUUGAUGAAUGCGGAGCUACAGGUUUUGUCUCCGUUGGUUCCGGUUCGAAAUGUCAAUUUCCUCCGGUUCUGUAAGCAGCACGCGGAAGGGGUAUGGGCAGUGGUGGACGUUUCAAUUGAUACCGUCCGGGAAAACUCCGGUGUCUCUCCGGUCAUAAUCCGGCGACUUCCAUCGGGCUGUGUAGUGCAAGAUAUGUCUAAUGGAUACUCAAAGGUCACGUGGGUGGAGCAUGCAGAAUACGACGAGAACCAAAUCCACCACUUGUACCGGCCAUUGAUUCGGUCAGGUUUAGGUUUUGGGUCGCAAAGAUGGGUCGCUACACUUCAGAGACAGUGCGAAUGUCUCGCCAUCCUCAUGUCCUCCUCCGUUACAUCUCCCGACAACACAUCUAUAACGCCUGGUGGUCGGAAAAGCAUGCUCAAGUUAGCUCAACGUAUGACGUUUAACUUCUGUUCGGGCAUAUCUGCGCCGUCAGUCCACAGUUGGAGCAAGCUCACGGUCGGAAAUGUAGACCCGGACGUUCGAGUUAUGACCCGGAAGAGUGGGGAGGAUUCGGGUAUUAUUCUGAGUGCUGCCACGUCUGUGUGGCUUCCGGCUUCGCCACAGCGUCUGUUUGACUUCUUGCGGAACGAACGGAUGAGAUGCGAAUGGGAUAUUCUAUCUAACGGUGGUCCCAUGCAGGAGAUGGUCCACAUCGCCAAAGGUCAAGAUCAAGGCAACUCCGUUUCUCUGCUCCGCUCCAAUCCAAUGAAUGCGAACCAGAGCAGUAUGCUAAUUCUUCAGGAGACAUGCAUAGACGCAUCGGGAGCGCUUGUAGUCUACGCGCCUGUUGAUAUUCCAGCCAUGAAUGUUGUGAUGAACGGUGGAGAAUCAUCCUACGUGGCUCUCCUUCCCUCCGGUUUCGCUAUUCUCCCUGACGGUGGCAUUGACGGUGGCUCCGGCGACGGUGAGCAGCGACCGGUCGGUGGUGGGUCUCUCUUGACGGUGGCGUUUCAAAUACUUGUUAACAAUCUCCCAACGGCAAAACUGACGGUUGAGUCGGUAGAGACGGUCAAUAACCUAAUAUCAUGCACCGUUCAAAAGAUUCGAGGCGCUCUUCAGUGCGAAAGCUAAUCAAUCAGCCUAAAGGCAGCGUGGCAGUUGGUGUGUUUGUUGUCUUUUUUAUAUUGUUUUGUGAAUGUUGAAACAUAAUUAUGGUUAUUUUAGUUGUGUGGGAGGGGGUGUCGAGUCAAGAACGAACCGCGCCGGCUGCGAAAUCCAACUCUUUUGUCACUGUGUUGGGACCAAACCGGGUCCAAGCUCGGUGGAGGAGUUGGUGGUUCGGGUAUUGACUAGGGUUGGAAACCCCCUUUUAUCUUUUUGUUUGUUUUUGUUUUGGUUGAGAGUAUAAUUAUAGUAAGAAUGUAAAAAACUCAUGUAGCGAGAGUGAGCCGCACGCUCCCUCUGAUGCGGAGGUGUGUGUUGUGGUUGCUUACGCGGACUGGGGUUAGUAUGUGGUUGGACUUUGGAUGGAUAUGGUCCGUUUCAAUUUAAAAGCUGUCUCUCGUGG